AUGAAGUAUCGAUUGAUUUGUUUUAAAUGCAAACAAUGCGUGAAUUUUAUUCAAUUGAGAAGAUAUUCAUUGCUUUCAAACGACAAACAAAACACAUAUUUCAUAACAACUCCAAUAUUUUACGUCAAUUCAGUGCCACACAUCGGACACUUGUAUUCCGCUAUAAUUGCCGACACUUUUCAUCGAUUUCACCGAAUUUGUGGCAAAACUAAUACAAGAUUCUCGACCGGAACCGAUGAAUACGGGAUCAAAAUUCAAAGAGCGGCUCAAUUGAGAGGAAUUGAGACCAAAUUAUUUUGCGAUCAAAUAUCACAACAGUUUAGGAGUCUAUUCGAGUCUUCAGACAUUGGUUUCACUCAUUUCAUCAGAACUACCGAUGAUUUGCACCGAAAUUCCGUUCAAACCUUUUGGACAACUCUUGUCAACAAUGGGUUUAUAUAUAAGUCCUCUUACGAGGGCUGGUAUUGUGUGUCCGACGAGACGUUUGUCACCGAAACGCAAACGUUUAUCAAUGAAAACAAUAUUAGGGUUUCGACAGAGUCUGGAAAUGCUGUCGAAUGGUCUGCAGAAGAGAACUAUAUUUUCAAAUUGAGUCAAUUUAAGGAUAAAAUUGUUGAUUGGAUUAACAGCGGAGACACUGUUCAGCCCUCAGUAUUCGCUCAUAUCUUAAGACAUGAGGUCGAGAAAGGAUUGCGAGACAUAUCUGUGUCCAGACCUAAAGGACGCGUCAAUUGGGGUAUAGAAGUGCCCAACGAUUCGGAACAAGUCAUAUACGUCUGGUUUGACGCACUCAUCAAUUAUUUAACUGUUUCCGGAUAUCCCGGCGAUAAGAAUCACAUUUGGCCACCAGAUUGUCAGGUGAUUGGCAAAGAUAUCCUUAAAUUUCACGGUAUAUAUUGGCCGGCAUUCUUGAUGGCCGCCGGUCUCGAACCGCCGCACUCUCUCUUAUGUCACUCCCAUUGGCUCAGAGAUGACAUUAAAAUGAGUAAAAGUAAAGGCAAUGUUGUCGACCCCUUCCAGUGUGUUAAAGACUAUACCAGCGAUGGGUUCCGGUAUUUUCUACUACGACAGGGAUCUCUUCACACCGAUUCGAAUUUCACAGAACUUAAUGUGAAGAAAUAUUUAAACGCAGAAUUGGCCGACAAUUUGGGAAAUUUGUUGAGUCGAUGCACAGCUAAAGCCAUUAAUAAGAUUCUUUGCAUCACUUUAGAAGCCCUCAGAGUGUCUGCCAUUCUUCUUCAGCCAAUUGUUCCCAAUAUAGCGAAUCAAGUGUUAGACAAAUUGAAUAUCAGUUGUGCGGAACGCAAUUGGGUUAAUGCCGAAGAGACCUUCCGCUCAGAUAGUGGUUCUGAUCAGAAGACAACCGCUUCUCUGAGUUCCGGUAAAUCAAUAGUUUUCACAAAAAUCUAA